AUGCUGGUGGAAGUUGUCCGCACGAGGGGCAGUGGGUGUGAGAUCGACACGAGUGGGGACAUUGGGGUGCUGACCGAGCGCCUCCUAGCAGCAGAGAAGAGCAUAGUCGCUGUAGGAGCCUCUCGUGGUGACCCUCGUGCCCCUGUCUUUGAGGGGUGCUCCCCCUCUCCUCUCUUGCCCUCUGAUGCCUCUGCUGCUGCGGCCGACCUCGUGGUCUUGAGUCGGUCGGUGCGGCGUCUGCCCCUAGCGAGAGACGCCGCACUGGCAAGGGCAAGGGGGGCAGGGGCGCUGGAGGAGCUAGCGGGGGCGGUGGAGGCGGCGGUGGAGGCAGCGGAGGGGGUGGGGGUGGCGGUGGGGGUGGUGGCGGGGGUGGGGGCGUCGGUGGCGGUAGUGGAGGCGGAGGCGGCGGCGGUGGUGGCGGUGGGAGCGGAGGUGGCGGAGGUGGCGCCGGUGGAGGUGGCGGCGGUGGAGGAGGCGGCGGCGGAGGAGGUGGAGCUGGUCGGGGUGGCGCUGCGCAGAGGGUCGGCUCCGGUGGUGGUCAGCGCCAGCAGCAGCAGCAGCAGCACCAGCAGCAACGUACUCGUGAGCCGUGCGACCGCACGGGUGAGCCGUGCGGGGGUGCGCACUCCACCAAGCGCUGCUUUGGCCGCCUGA